AUGGGCGAAGAGGAGCUGAAGAAGGAGGCGAGAUCGAAGGGAUACCGUCUCGACCUAAAGGAGGUUAUCGCGGAAGCUGACUCCGCUGUGGUCGUCACCAUCGGCGGCAUCUGGAGGCUCUCAGACAAAGACCAGAUGCUCCAGAGGGACUCGAGUCUCAAGAGGCUCUGCCUCUCCUUCGCUCUCUACAAGCUCCUGCGCCGGAGGCUGGAGGACUUCCCCAUCACCCCCGCCGAAGCCCGCAACUGCCAUAGCCUCAUCUUCAAAGGCCUGUGGGAAGAAGACAAGCGCAAGGAAGAAAAUGCCGAUGAGCUUUUCCAAGUGCUCAAUGACGAGAUCCAGUUCCUCUGCGAGUACUACCACUCCGUUCAUCCCGUCACGUACGCCGGCCCCUCCUUCUUCCUCAUUAACUACAUCAUGUUCCCCAUUGUUGUGUGGGCCUUGUGCAUCCUCAUGAUCAUUCUGUGCAACAAUGGGGAUGUGGUCUAUGCCUUCCACAGCUUCCGGACCGACAACUUCCCUGUAUCCAUCGGCAUGUUGAGGAUGGUCGUCUGCCUGCUCAGCAAAGCUAACCAGUUACCACCAGUUCUCUUCUCCACAGUUAACCUAUUCAUCACCACCCUUCUCUCCCUCACCUUCGCCUACGAGGAGGUCUGGGAGAUCAUCGUGUUCCUGCUUUCUAACGGGUUCACAGUGUCGCUGCUCUGCCGCUACACCUCCAAACGCAAUUGGCGUGCCAGCCGCUUUCUCAGUGGGAUCAUCCGCCGCAUCCUGUGGGUGCGGAACAAACUGAGCCGCCCCAACGUCUGCUUCAAGCAGUUCUCCAUGUUGUGGUGCUUCUUCCGGGCGUCGUCGUCGUUCAUGCUGCCGACCGAGGCUGUGCCCAGGCAGGCCAAGAAGGCCAUCGUGGAGCGGCUGGCUACUGCCCGUGACGACGUUGCCCUUCCCGGCAAGCAGUCAGCGCUGCAGUUCGACGAGCUUGAGCUCUCGUGGGCGUGCGACGGCGACGACGACCUCGCCGAGGUCAUCCUCACCUGGCACAUCGCCACGGAGCUCCUGGAGGCGAGGUUCCCGCUGCCGAACAAGACGCCGCCGGGAACCGGCCGCAAGGUGGCCGUGGGCUUGUCCCGGUACUGCGCGUACCUGGUGGCCUUCUAUCCGGAGCUCCUUCCCGUCGACAAGGACGCGACGGAGCGCGUGUACGAGGAGCUGAAUGAGGAGCUCAAGAACAAGUCAGGGUGCUACGGCUACUUCUUUUGCCGGGAGCGCAAGGUGAUGGAGAUCGCGGCAGGGCAGAAGGAGGAGUCCCCGGCGGCGACGGUGUUCGACAAGGGAUCGAGGCUUGGGAAGGUGGUGGUGUACGCGGCGCCGACGGCCAGCGAGCAGCACGUGAAGGCGCACAAGGAGGCGCUGGCGCAGGGCGGGGAGUUCAUCACCCUGCUGUGGGCGGUGGCCACCCACACCGGCAUAUCCCGGCGGGACGACGGCGACGCGACGCCGCCUACGACAUCAUCAUCAUCUAGUACCGAGGCAACAGAGAUACUCAUCGUCAACACCUAG